AUGUCCGACGCACAAACACGCUCUCAAACAGCCUUGAAGGAGUCAAUUCUUGGAGAAAUUGAAUCUGCCCUAGGUCCUCGCCUUGAAGAGAUGUACAACCGCCAUAAUGAUCUGGAGGAAAAGAUGGACAAACAGCUCCACAAGAUAGAUAAAGACUUAGCUGGUAUGUUCGACGCGAUUCGUUCGUUGUCCGAUAACGUCGCUUCUUCGUCGCCUAAUCCCUCUCCUGACAACAACUCACCAUCGUUCUCACCUCCCGGACCUACUACUACUCAUGAUUCCCACCGUCCUCGCCCUACUCCUUCUACACCUUACUCAGGAAUGACACGACUUGCUAAGAUAGAGUUCCCAAGGUUUUCUGGUGAUCGAUUUCAAGAGUGGCUCUUUCAAGCCGAACAAUUCUUCUCCAUUGACAACACACCGGAAGACUUGAAAGUCAACAUCGCUUCAGUUCACUUCGAUGGUCUUGCCGCUAAUUGGCAUCAAUCGAUUGUGCAAUCUGAACUUGGUCAAUCGGUUCUCUCUAGCUGGCCCGCUUACAAACUACGACUACACGAACGUUUUGAAGAUAUUUUGGACGACCCUAUUCUAGAGUUAAAGCGUUUACAAGAGACUAACGGCAUCGUUGAGUACCAUGGCCGGUUUGAACUCUUGCGUACUCGAGUGAACUUCUCUGAAGAUUAUUUAGUUCGCCAUUACUUAGCUGGUCUCCAAACAGAAACGCAGAUGCAUGUGCGCAUGUUCCAACCAACCUCUGUUCGUCAGUGCUUACUUCUUGGGAGGUUGUAUGAACAAGCUCAUCCCAAGAAACCUCAGUUCUUUCGUCGAAAGGAUUCAGAGAUGCGACCUACACAAGUGGAGAAAACGCCUGAAAAGGAAUACGCUCCUCAGAAGUUUCUUACUAAUGCCGAGAUGGUUCAACGUCGGAAGGAUGGCUUAUGUUAUUACUGUCCUGAAAAGUAUACUCCAGGCCAUUUUCUUAAACACAAGAAGACACAACUUUUCAUGAUUGAAACAGGGGAAGAAGAUGACCUUGAAGCUGCUCCAGAGAUACAAAACGAGGAAGAAGAAGCCAUAGAUAUCGCUACAAUCUCUGUUAAUGUUGUUUCAGGAAUUUCCGACUACAAUACUCUAAGGGUCAAAGGAGAGUGUGGGAAACGCUCCAUAUUUGUCCUUAUUGACUCUGGUUCUACACAUAAUUUCGUUGAUACUCGUACGGCGGAGAAGUUAGGUUGUACGGUACGCACUUCAACGAGAUCUCGAGUUACUGUUGCUGAUGGUCGUCGAAUUGCUAUUCAGGGUCAUAUCGACAAUUUCAGGUGGACGUUUCAUGGUACCACUUUUGAAUCCGAUGUUAUGGUCAUUCCUCUUGGAGGUUGUGACAUGGUACUAGGAGUCCAAUGGUUACACACCUUAGGCCCUAUUACUUUUGAUUUUAAGAAACUCGAGAUGUCUUUUAAAUGGGAAGCAAGGAAGAUUCUACUUCACGGAAUUAAGCAAGACUCGGUACGUCAUGUGAAAGCUGCAAAGUUAAACAAAUUACAAGACGAAGAUGUGCAGUUGGCCAUGCUUUACGUUCAAUCAGGGGUAGAAGAAGAACCAAUCCAAUUUUAUUCUCUCGACGCGACAACAACCUCCACCACCGUUUGUCCUGCGAUAGAUGGAUUGCUUACUGAGUUUUUCGAUAUUUUUGAGGAGCCAACAACUUUGCCUCCAUUCCGUGAACAUCAUAACCAUCGUAUCCCUCUUUUGGAAGGCUCUAAUCCAGUGAAUCAACGACCUUACCGCUAUGCCAUCCACCAGAAGAAUGAAAUCGAUACUAUGGUGCAAGAGCUUUUAACCGCAGGUACUAUUCAACCUAGCUCUAGUUCUUUUGCAUCACCGGUGGUUCUCGUUAAAAAGAAAGAUGGAAAUUGGCGUCUUUGUGUCGACUACCGUGGCUUGAAUGGUCUGACAGUUAAAGACAGAUUCCCAAUUCCAUUGAUUGAAGACCUUAUGGACGAACUAGGAGGCUCCAAGGUCUACUCUAAAAUCGACUUGAGAGCCGGUUAUCAUCAGGUUCGGAUGGAUCCUCUUGAUGUCCACAAGACAGCGUUUAAAACACAUGGAGGACACUUUGAGUAUCUAGUAAUGCCAUUUGGGCUUACUAACGCGCCAGCUACUUUUCAAAGUUUGAUGAACUCUAUCUUCAAGGAAUUUCUUCGGAAAUUUGUUCUCAUCUUCUUUGAUGACAUUUUGAUAUACAGUUCUUCUAUGGAACUUCAUAUCACUCACCUGCGUUGUGUUUUUGAGUUAAUGCGCCAGAACAGCUUGUUUGCAAAACAGAGUAAAUGUUCGUUUGCAACAGAUCGGGUGGAGUAUUUGGGGCACUUUAUUGAAGAAAAAGGUAUUUCAACGGAUCCAAGCAAGGUUAAGGCUGUCGCAGACUGGCCUAUUCCGGUGAACCUUAAACAACUCCGAGGGUUCUUAGGGUUAGCUGGUUAUUACCGACGUUUCGUCAAGAAUUUUGGAACAAUAGCUCGCCCCUUGACUGCCUUAACGAAGAAGGAUAGUUUUGAAUGGUCAGAAGAAGCCCUUCACUCGUUUAAAGAUUUGAAACGAGCAUUGUGUGAAGCUCCGGUGUUGGCCCUACCAUUAUUUGAUACACCUUUUGUGGUCGAGACUGAUGCUUGUAGCCAGGGAAUAGGAGCUGUACUUAUGCAGAAUGGCCAUCCAUUAGCUUACAUAAGUCGUCAUUUAAAGGGUAAGCAACUUCACCUCUCUAUCUAUGAGAAAGAAUUGUUAGCUGUGGUCUUUGCUGUAACAAAAUGGCGCCAUUACUUGCUCAAUGGUCACUUUGUGAUCAAGACGGAUCAAAGGAGUCUCAAGUAUUUACUUGAGCAGAGACUCAACACUCCGAUACAGCAGCAGUGGCUACCUAAAUUACUCGAGUUUGAUUACGAGAUCCAAUACAAACAGGGGAAAGAGAAUUUGGUUGCUGAUGUGUUGUCUAGAGUCGAAGGAGCCGAGGUUUUACACAUGGCCAUGUCUGUUUUACAAUGCGAUUUACUACAGCAGAUUCAGGCUGGUUACGAUACUGAUCCAACAGUGAGGGAUUUGAUAGCAGAGUUACAACAGAAACCAUUAGCCAAAAAACAUUUUUCUUGGACACAAGGCAUCUUACGGAGAAAGAGCAAGAUUGUGGUCCCCGAUAACGUGCUUCUUCGAAAUAAAGUUUUGGAAUGGUUACAUUGUUCUGGAAGUGGUGGCCACUCAGGGAGAGACGCAACACAUCAACGUGUGAAAGGCCUCUUUUAUUGGAAAGGGAUGUCGAAAGACAUUCAAUCUUAUAUCCGUGGAUGCAAUGUGUGUCAGCAGUGUAAGUAUGAUCCAGCAGCAUCACCAGGGCUGAUUCAACCUUUACCAAUCCCUGAGACAAUCUGGACUGAUAUCUCUAUGGAUUUCAUUGAUGGCUUGCCUUCUUCUUAUGGGAAGACGGUUAUUUUCGUUGUGGUCGAUCGGCUUAGUAAGGCAGCUCAUUUUAUGGCCCUUUCACAUCCUUAUACCGCUUCCUCCAUCGCUCAAGUCUUCUUGGAUAAUGUGUUUAAGCUUCAUGGCUUUCCACAAUCUAUUGUUAGUGAUCGUGAUGCUAUCUUUCUUAGUGACUUCUGGCGUGAACUCUUCAGCCUUCAAGGAGUUGCCUUAACCUCUCUAGUGCCUAUCAUCCUCAAAGUGACGGACAAAUGGAGGUGGUCAAUAGAUGUCUUGAGACAUAUUUACGGUGUAUGUGCAGUGAUAGACCUCAUCUUUGGAGUAAAUGGCUGCCUUUGGCAGAAUUUUGGCGAGUCUAAAGUAGCUGUGGUUGCCAAGUGCUUACAAGAGAGGGAGAAUAUGAUUCUGAUUUUGAAAUUUCACCUGUUGAGAGCUCAACAUAGGAUGAAACAGUUCGCUGAUCAGCAUCACACUGAUCGUAGCUUCGGCAUUGGCGACUUUGUUUAUGUUAAGCUGCAACCGUAUCGGCAGAAAUCUUUGGUCCUCCGUCACAAUCAGAAGUUGUCUCCUAAGUAUUUUGGCCCUUACAAGAUCGUUGACAAGUGUGGGAAAGUUGCUUACAAGUUACAACUUCCUGCAACAUCUCAAAUUCACCCUGUUUUUCAUGUUUCUCAACUGAAAUUACAAGUUGGUGCUACACUUGUUGCCAAUCAACUUCCCUCGAUCACCCACGAUGCUUUUGUCAAAGAACCAGAAAAGAUUCUUGAGAGAAAGAUGGUACAACAUCAAGGCCAGGCAGCUACGAUGGUAUUGGUCAAAUGGACUACUGAAGCAGAGGACGAAGCAACAUGGGAGUUCUUGAGUUCGCGUUUUAAGAACGUUGAUUCCCGUCACUAUCCGGUUACUGAGAUAUCACGAAUUAGCUCUACCACUGCCAAAGAACGAACCAAACCAGUUCCAAAACGUCGUAAGUUUGGGUCAGAGAUUGAUGAGAUCUUUAAUGCGAGAAAGAUGAAGCAGAAGGCGCCAGAAGUUGAAAAUCCCGAGAGGAAAGAGACACCGACAAGGGAGAGGGAGGAGCUUGACGGAUUCAACAACAAUUUGCAAAACCGGCCCAGGAAGAGAACCGAAGACGGUUUCCCACUGUUCACGGAAGCUGAACUUGGUAUUAAUAAGGCUUGUGCUGGUCGUACCCGUCGUUGCCCUUUUGAUUGUCUUUGUUGCGUCUUCUAG